AUGGAUGAAGAAUUCCUCGAAAGUUGUCGAAAACUGUUUGAUACUAACGAGACAGACAAUUCUACAUGCGCUGUUCAAACGAUUCUAUCAGAUAACGAAGGUGAUGAUAUAAGUUAUUUUUUUCCGGUGAAUACAUCACAUGAUCAGAAAAUUGACAAUUCUGAAUCAUUAGUCAUCAAACGAAUUCAAAAUCAACUUGCUCUCUUAACGAAAUUCACCACGUCAGAAGAAAUUGAGACGAAAAUCAAUGAUCUACUAACGAAAGAUAUUCUCGCUAGAAGUGAGAAUUCGUACAAAAGUACAAUAGAACGUAUCGAACGUCGCCUAGAAUUACAAACAACUUUGACAAAAGAUCUGCAGAGUGAGAAAUCAACUUCUAUACGAAAUAAUGAUAAUCAACAACUCUCGUACUUCGCUAUUCGAUCGGUAUCAUCGAUCCUACUAAUUCUCAUCAAAUCCGCUCAAAAACAUGAUCCGUGCAUUGUUGACGAAAUUUUAACAUUGACCAGUGAAUUAUGUGAUGAACUUCCAAUGAAAUGUUUCACUUCAUCAAAUCAUCGUCAUUUACUAAAAUCGUUAACGCCUCUCAUAAGUUAUAUCGAACAAUUAUUAACAUCCAAUGAUUUAAAUCAAGCUCGACAGGUGCGAAUCAUUCUACUAAGUUUUGCUAUUGCUCGAGGAUCGUUUAAAGAUAUUCUAUCUUUGCUAACCGAGAUGAUAUUUGACACAGUCAAUACCUAUCGUGUCGGAGGUAUUCUUACUCAAUUAAGUAAUGGUCUUCGAGAAACGAUUAAACAAGACGAAAAUACACUUGCAUCGAAAGAAAUAAGCAGAUCUUUGGAUUAUCUGAAAUUUGUUGGAGAAUACCCAGAUUCGGAAUCGAAAGAUUCAAAUGAUAAACUAUUGACUGGUCAAUUAUUUGCAUCAAUCAUCUUGUCACAUCUAGAGUUAGAUGAUCAAACUUAUUCAUCGAAACAGUUCGAACAAGGUGCAAUUGGAAGUUCAUUUUCAUUCGAGUUUCAUCCAAAUACAUUUCGAUCACUCUCAGAGAUCAUCGAGCGACUAGCCGUACCAUCGGAUGCGACCAAGACUCAAAUUCUAACCGUUUGUUUGAGAUUAUUCACUACACAUCUGAAAUUUCUUGAUGCUAGUAGAAUAGAUCCGUUGACUUAUGCAAGCAACGAUCAAUUAACUAAAUGGCUUGAUUUAUUGUUAAAAAUUAUCGCUGAUGAGAAUCAAAAAUCGACAUCGAUCGAUGCGUCAAAAGCUUUAAUCUAUCUAAUUAAUCUACCAACAUGGUCAUUUAUUCAAAAACUAGAAUUUAUCCAUCAAUAUAUCGCAAACAAUCGAUAUCCAGCUCUGAUCGAACAACUGUAUAUAGAAUUCAGUAAGGAAGAAACGAUUAUGAGUUGGAUUGAGCUUCUGUGUACAAAUAGUAAGGAUAAAGUUAAAGCUUUGGAGAUUUUAUAUUCAUUUAUUGACAAAUCAACAAUCUCUACGGAAAAACAGUUUGUGCGAAAGAUUUUAUCUUCAUUUCAUCAGUUGUUAACAUAUCGUUUAACUCAAUCGGAUACUUCCGUUGCAACGUCUUUCUUCUUCAUUCAAUAUUUGACAUAUCUAUUCCAACAUCCGAUAAAAACGGAGUUAAUCGAUUCAAUCCUUGUCUACCUAUCUCUAAUGACAAAAAUCAACGAAACCUUUGACUUUAAAGUCAUUCAACCGAUAUUCUCCACUGUGCUACCAUUGUUAUCCGAUUUUCUUUUACAACAAACAAAUCACGAUCUAACUCAACUUCCAUUCAUAUCUUGGCUCUUAGGUAAAAUGACGCAAUACAUGAUUACAAAUUGUUCGUUGGAUGCAUUGGAAUUGAAACACAAAGAUAAACUUAAUCUUCUCCUCUUCGCCGGUGGCUGUGAAACACCUGCACUGGAGCAAAGCGACUAUCUCUCACAUCUAAGCCAAUCAAACUUGGCCAAUUAUACUGGCUUUCAUCUUGAAAAUCAAGCCGAAAAAGCUGCUAGAGAUGAAGCAUUUCUUCUGUCGAUUUAUAAUAAUAUUGGCGAAGGUGCACAGUUAAUAUCUCGAAUACGAGCAUUCGCAAAGAAUAAACAGCGUCUAUUACAAAAAUCAAUUGAACAACAAGCGAAUGAAUUAACCGCAGCAGUAUUCGCAAUUUUUGUCAAGCAUUACCGUCGAAUUAAUCUUGCACGGUAUGAAUUGACUCAAGCGGACGAAAUGAAACCAUCACUCAAGCUUAUCUCAAUCUUCGAAUACGCCAGUCAAGUUCAGACGGUCUUAGCUACUGUAAAAGCACAAAACGGUGAUUGUGAAACAUUUGCGAAACAAAUUAAAGCAAAAACCUACUUCUUAUUGACAUUCGUCAAAGAAAAUCACAUGAUUUCUAUCAUAAAUGAAGUGUUAACGUCUAUAUUAGACAUUCCGCCUAAGAAUAAAGAACUUAUCGGUUUUCAACGACAAGUCUCUCGAUGGUCACAAGCGAAGAAAGUCAUUGAUUUACUUCGAAAUCUAAUGGAAGCUUGCAUUCGAUUCCGAAAAUCAAUCUUAUCGAAAAAGAAUAACUCCGAUAUUAAAAUCGAUUACGAACAUUUACUUAAUCGUACAAUCGAUCAAUUUCUCUACGAAGACUUCUAUAAAAGCAACACACCGAUAUCCAUUGAAGAUACUAAUCAAUUAUUAGACGAAUUGAAAACUUGUCUCUAUCGACAGUAUGAACGAGCGACAACACGAUUGAUGAGCUAUCGAUUUGCACAGAAAUUCAUCUACAAACUUUGCAAAUCGAGUGAUCAGCCAUCUGUAUUGAUUAUUCUACGUUAUUAUUUGCCAUGUUUAAGAAAUUCUGGUCUGGAAUGGUCAUAUCUCGAGAAUAUAUCUGCGACCAAUGAUCAACUAAAAGAAGAGAUUCGAGUGAAUUAUCAUUUGAUCAUCAAAACUAUUUUACAAUCUUCAUUGUUUCAAUCGCAUAUGAUCCAAAAGAAUAUUUUCUACCUAUUAAAUUUCAAUUACGAUUCAGCUGAUAUGGAUCAUCUUCUUCCGGAAAGACUUUUGCAAUCGGAAAAUCUCGAAAAGGAGAAUUCAUUGGAUCACAAACUAACCGCAUUCAAUUGGUUUCGAUUAUUUGUAUUAAAACUAUGUGAAAAUAUUCAAUUGGAACUUAUCCAAGGUGUAAACAACGAAAGAUUAGAACACCACCGGACGUUAGUUUUUGACACAUUCAUUUUGAAUGAAUUUCGUCGAUUGAAGAACAUCGAUGUAGACAAUAGAUUGAUACACAAUUCGUUGAAAAAUCUCUCUCUCGGCUGGUUUCAUCAAGCGAUCAUUUCCCAAACGUUCGAAAUCGAUCUUUACAUUAAUCAAUACCUAGUUCUCCUGUUUCGUUGUAUUCAUUUCUACGAACAUGUUCGACGUAUUUGUGCAACGAUGGAAUUUACAACAGAAUUACUCGACAUUUAUCAUCGAAGUAAACAUAAUGUCACUCGUUUGCUCGUACUGAAAAUUCUACGAGAACUAUUACCACAUCUUUCGGAAAUCAUCUCAUCGGCCUCGAUGAGCUUCCUCGAAGAAAUGCUUGUUACAAUUGGAAACAACUUUAUUUCUUCCCCUAUCGAAUCAGAGAUAGUGAAUGAAUUGAUCAAUAUCUAUCGAACAAUCCUAUCAAGCAAAUCUUCAUGCCAAUCGAUGGCUUUGCUAACUUUACAUAGUGCAAUGGAAACAAGAGAACUGAACAAGCUCACAGCUACCUUUUGCGUUUUAGGCGGAUAUAUUCAACCAUAUUGCUUAAGUUCUAUUGUGAAAGUUUACAAUGAUGAAGAUUUUCGCUUAGGAUUGAUUAUCGACAUUUCCAAUACAUCAUCGUACACGAUUCAAUACUAUCAAACCAAUCAAAUCACGUCCGUGGAUGUAAAUCGAAUCGAACAAAAAAUCAUUGUUUCACCACCGGAUUUUCAGGCACUGCUAACGACCGACGAAGCAGCGAUACAUUCAAUACUCAAUAUACUAGGAUAUUGGAUUCAAUCAUCAGCAAAAUCGUUGAAUACAUUACAACUUAAACGUCGUUCGAUUUCUGUACUUACUCACAUGUUGACCAAUCAGAAGAUCAUUGAAUUGUUCAUAGAAAAACCGUAUGCAGCGAAUCUCAUUGAACUUGCCAUUUCGAACACCUUGCCAACAUUUCCUGAUCUUCGUCUAUUCAAUAAACAACAUCUUGAACAGUAUUGCUUAAGUUUAGAUAAUUGCCGACAGGAAAAAGACUGGAAUAUUCCCGAAGACGACAAAAAUACUUCUUCCGAUCAAUGUAAUCCAAUGAUAGUGAAGGCUCUGUCUACAUCGGUCUUGAAGUACAAUGGUUGGAAACCGUAUAUGUCUAAGGAUGAGAUAGAAUUUUUCAAAAACGGUCGUUCCGGAAACGAUGACAUUUCAAUUGUACCAAUGCCAAGCACUGCUGCAGAUACUACAGCUGUGAAACCAUGUGGAACAAAGCAUCAAUUCAAUGGACGCAUCAGUCCAACCGGUGAUAAUGUGCAUGUUGGUCUUCCGACGUUCGUUACCGAUCAGUUGAGGGUAGGAAAAGGAAAUUGGUAUUUUUGUGUUCGAUUACCUAAAGAUGGUGUGCAAAUUGGAUGGGCAACACAUAAAUUUAAUCCGCGGGGUAAUGAUGGCAAAGGUCUCGGCGACGAUGAAUAUUCAUGGGCUUAUGAUGGAUCGCGAGGGUUAUUUUUAGCUGAUGGCGUGUUCGACAAGCAAUUUAAUGAUGUCCGUUGGAAGGAAAAUGAUGUAUGUGGCUGUGGAAUUGAGAUUGAUGGAGAAAACACAAAUAUCAAGUAUUGGCUUAAUGGAAAGUUGUUAGGAACUGCUUUUAAACAUCAAACGAAGAUUCCAGGAUCAUAUACGACCUGCUAUUUGUUACCUAACGAAACGCUAAUGCCCUUUUAUCCUGGUGUUACUCUGCAAUUUACCGAUCAUCCAUCGACAUAUUGUGAAUUUAUAUUCAGUCCGGAAGAUAUGCAACAAUGUCCAUUGCCUGAUGGGUACAAACCUUUAUUAUUACCGAAAGUGAUUAACACAGAAAACUCUAUUGUCGCUUAUCCGUUCAAUGCUUACCUAGUUGGUGAUCAAAUCGACGAUUAUAGGUAUCAAUCUCGAACAACGAAAUCAACUCAUUUUCUACGUGAUUUCGUCAGUGAACGUCAUCUGCAAAUAGACUUUCUUCUCAAUGACCAACGUCAACUAGUUCUAACUGCAAACAGUUUCGGUUUACCAAUCUCUGUUGACAAAGAUCUUAUAUCGUUUACAAUCUCCUUUGAUUUUCAAAUUACUGCACCGCUUGACAGCAUAUCACUCGUAUCCGAUACUGCAGACGUCUUCUCAUUAAAAAUACCAUUUUUCGAUAAGGAAACACGUGUUGUACUCGUCUUUUAUCCUAGAGAACAGCAAACAAAAGUGUAUAUCAAUCGAGUUUGUCAGACAUUCGAAACCUUAUUUCCGAAUGAAACGUGCACCUUUUCUCUUUUACCGAAAACCGAUGCUACCAUCCGAAAUAUCGGCAUAUGGAAAUAUGCACUACCCGAAGAUCAUAUUCAACGACUAUUUACUUACGGACUAUUCUAUGUCGCCACGGAUUACCAGCAAAUCAAAGAAUAUCGCAAGCGUGCCAAUACGUUCUCGUUUGAGAAAAAGGAGUUUGCGAACGAAAGUCUCAUUCCAUUUGAUCAACCAUUCGAGAGAAUGAUUUGGAAAUCAAAGAUGAAACAUGCAGAUUCAUCCGAAGUCAAUUACUUCUCAACAGCUGAUCCAUCAGUUAUCGAAUUCUUCGGCAACAAAACGUACCUUAUAUUGGAAAAACCCACUGAUAUCUGGUUCCACUACACCCUGAUUCUAGACGUAUCCAUACCGAAAUGGCCAGCCAAAGAUAAACAAAUCUCAUUAGUUACACUGAAUGAUAAAAUACAGAUUUACGUCACAAGUAACGGUAAACUUUGUCUUCAGUACGAAAGUACAAACAAUGAAGGCAAUUCAGAGGUAACACCAGCUGAAUUUUUUCGUAUGUGGAUCCAUGUUGACAAGCAGACAAUUAAAGUCUACAAAAACGGAUCGCUGGAGAUAGAUUUGUCGGACGAAGACGAUCGAUAUAAUGCAACCUUAGAUCAUUUCGAUAUCUUUCGAGAGGUGAACUUAACAAAAAGUGGCACCGAUGAAAAUUCACUGAGGAUUCGCUGCCGAUCAAUUACUUUCUUAAAUCAAGGGGCAGCUAUCAAUGAAGAAAUGCAAACACCUGAUCAAUCAUUAGAAUCUCUUAUUGCACCUCCACUAUCGGUUAUUUCGCCAAAUUUGAUUGCUAUUGGAUACAAAAAACGAUGGAUUCAAUCUGUAAUUGAUGAAUACAAGACAACGAAUGUACAAAGAAUUGAUACGAUCCUACGAGAAGAGAGGGACAAGUUUGUGAAAUUAGAUCUUGAAACAGAAGCAAAGGAUUACAAACGCAUUUUGUUACGAAUUACCCCUGAAAUUGAUUUUUCAAAUGUGAAUAUCAACGAACAGAUAACUACCAUUAGUCAACGUAUUCUGACAGAAUGGACCGAUGAUAGAAACGAACCAGAGAUUGAUUCAGAUGACAAUGAAGAAGAACAUCCAUGGUUCCAUCGAACAAUCAAAGAAUUAUCCAUCGAUGAAUCUCUAACCGACUGGCUUCGUGACCGUUCAACUGUCCUACCAGAACCUGACAUUAUGCAUCAAUUGUAUGAUAUAAACGAACAAAUCGCGCGAUUGAAGAAUCAACACAAAUCGGUUCGCUAUUCUCAUGAAGGUAUUUCGCAGAAAACGUAUUACGACUUACGUCUUUCUUGUGAAAACGCAUUGGCAAUAGUCUACGCUCGGCACACCAUUAUCACUAUGCUUGAAACGUGGGCAAACAAUUCAACAGCUCUGUUUCCCUGGGGAAAAUUUGAUGAUCCAUCGUUUAUCGUCGCCUUAUUUCGAUUGAUGAUUAGAGAUGAGAAGUUCAAUCGGAUACAAACAAUCGUUUUGUCCAUUCUGCAAAAUGAAUUUCGACAAUUCAAGGAACGUCGAAUCGAUCUUCAAACCAAAACUCCGCUAAUUAUUCAAUUGCGAGAUGAGAUCGUCAUUCAAUCGCUAAGCUUCUUAUUUGGAGCAUCACCAUCUUUCGAAAACAAUUCCGUUGAAUCAGUUCUGAAACUGUUCAUUGAACUUUUCAAAAGCACACCCUUAUUAAACGAUGAUCAAAUCGAUCAUCUUGUGUCUUUACUAUUCCCGACGCCAUUAAUUAAAAUUCUAUUCGAUCUAUUCUUAAUAAUCCAUGCUCAUCCAACGAAAGUCGUUAUUCUUCAUUUUUUCACCACACUUCUUCAAAUGAGUCGAAUUUUCCACUUAAAGCAAUCUAUGCAAGACUUCUUCAUUGAUCUUCUCAUUACAUUAUCUUCCGACGAGACCUACAUGAAAGAUGAUUUAAUGAAAACCCUUCGGCGAGCACUGAUGGAUUUAGUAUCGGUCAUUUUCUCCAAACAACAGUCGUUACGAUUCAGUGAUUUACCAGCAGAUAUCCGUGAUUUUUAUACAGUGAUUGACGUUAUUCAUGUUUUAAUGGAUUCUGCUAAGCGAACACAAUUACCGGAGAUCUUUUUUAUCCAAUCCAGAGAUCUUUUAGGUAACGUUCAUCAAUUAGAUCGCGAUGAUUUCGAUAGAUGCAAUAAAUUCUUCGAUGCGAAGAGUGAUCAACAGUUGAUUCAUGCAAUGAAUAAAAGUCUUCUGCAAAAUAGUUCCUUCGGUGAAUUCAUUCGUAAUUUACCAACCGAAUCGGAUCCCAGUGCAAGUUUCUAUCAGAAAUAUUUAAUAUUAUCGCACAUUCCUGCUGAUUGUUUAUCGAUUCGAGCGAAAUUUUUAUACCAAUUGAAUAAAUUAAUCGAGAAAAUUCUGUCUCUCGUUGAUUUGAGCUUAUCACCAGGUCAAAGUGUUCUCUCCGAUCAAAUUCGAACAGUAAAGAGUUAUCUAUUAACCACUACCAAGCUCGAAUUACUCCGUGAAUGUCUGGAGAAGACGGAAACCGAUUACAACUACGAUUCACUUGAUGUUCAAUUUGAUACUGUAGAAGGCAGUGUUACAAGUGAGAACACAGACAAUACGAUGUUCCAUCAAGCUUAUCGACAAUUACAUACUGAUGCACAAACAAUCUUUCGCCGACCCAACGAACAACUUUGGCAAGCCCAAUACGUCGGAAUGCAUAGUACUGACGCCGGUGGACCUUAUCGCGAUUCGAUCACUUGUAUUUGUUCGGAUAUUUGUAGUACUCGAGUCCCACUAUUCGUUUUAUGUCCAAAUGGACGAACUAAUAGCGGUUUGAAUCGUGAUUGCUGGAUUCCGAAGAGUUUUCCGCCGAAUAAGUCAAUUUCAACUAAAUUUCAGAAACAAUAUCGAUUCGUCGGACAACUAAUGGGCUUUGCUAUUCGAAAGAAGCAUUAUUUAAAUCUGAAAUUCGCACCCAUAGUAUGGAAACAGUUAUUGAAAGAGCCGAUUACAAUUGAUGACAUUCAAGCAAUCGAUAUCCAAAGUUUCACAAUGAUCGAUGAAAUGGAGAAGAACAUUGAGCAAGCAAAAUCCGUCGAUAGUGACAAUCAAAUGGACUAUGUAUUCGAUAAUUUUCUGAGUGAAUUACGAUUUAAUGCAGUUAGUUCAACUGGCGAAAUAUUCGAAUUAAUUCCUGGCGGAAUGGACAUUGCAAUCACAACAAAGAAUUUCGAACAGUAUUGCGCAUGUUAUCGUAGUUAUCGUCUCACCGAAUUCAAUCGACAAAUCGAAUACAUUCGGCAAGGUCUAGCGAGUGUUGUACCAUGUUAUUAUCUAAGUUUAUUCACGGCUGCUGAACUGGAAAAGAUUGUUUGUGGAGAAGGGGAAAUUGACAUUCAACUAUUGAAACGAAAUACAAAAUAUGAACGUGACUAUAAGCCAGAUUCGCCAGUUAUCGAACGAUUCUGGACAGUUCUCAAAGAUCGGUUUACUGAAGAACAAAGACGAUUAUUCCUAAUAUUUGUUUGGGGUCGAAGUAUAUUACCGACACGAGACGAAGACUUCAACACAAUGUUUUGUAUUGACAUGUAUGAUGCCGAUAAUGAAGAAAUUGAUAAAAUACUUCCCCGAUCACAUACAUGUUCGUUUACCAUCGAUUUACCAAAGUAUUCGACUGUUGACAUUAUGUAUGAACGAUUGAACUAUGCUAUGACAUAUUGCUCAAGUAUUGACAAUGAUGGAACUAUGAUCGAAGCGUCUGAAACAAAUAAUUUUAGAGAGGAUUCCAGCGAUGGUGAUGAAUAA